UUUUUUUUUCUUUUUUCUACAUUACUUAUUAUUACUGUUAAAUUAAAAUGGCACCUCAUAAACUUUGUAUGAUUCCUGGACCUAUCGAGUUCCAUGAAGAUGUGCUUACUGCCAUGAGUACCCCUGCUACUUCCCACGUUGAUCCUAACUUUGUUCCUAUCUUUGGCGAAGCUAUCGAAAUGGUUCGUGAAGUUCUCUUAACAAAGACUGCUCAACCAUUUAUCGUCUCAGGUUCUUGUACUUUGGGAUGGGAUAUGAUGGUUAAUUUAAUCGAAGAAAAUGAUGAAGUUUUAGCUUUAAAUACAGGCUAUUUUGGUGAUCAUUUCUCUGAAUGUUUAGAAAUUUAUGGUGCUAAAGUUACUACUCUUCGUGCUGAAGUUGGUACUUACCCAUCCAUUGAUUCAUUAAAAAAGGCUUUAAAUGAAAAAAAAUACAAGUUUGUUGCUGUUACUCAUGUUGAUACUUCCACUGGUGUUUUAUCUGACAUUAAAACCAUUACACAAAUUGUGAAAUCCAUUUCUCCUGAGACCUUAGUCGUUGUUGAUGGUGUUUGUUCUGUUGGUUCAGAAGAAAUACGUUUUGAUGAAUGGGGAUUAGAUAUUGUUAUUACUGGUUCUCAAAAGGGAUUGGGUGUUCCUCCUGGUCUUUCUAUAGUCGUUGCUUCUCAAGAGGCUAUGAAAAAAUACAAAGACAGAACAACCCCUAUUGUUUCAUACUAUUCUAACUGGAAUAAAUGGUUACCUAUUAUGCAAGCUUACGAAUCUCGUAAACCAGCAUAUUUUGCCACACCUGCUGUACAAUUGAUUUAUGCUCUUCAUACCUCUCUUAAGAAAAUAACUAGCAAGCCUAUGGAAACUCGUUUUGAAAAGCAUAAACAAGUUGCUGCUAAUUUUAGACAAACUAUACGAGAUUUAGGUUUGAAGCCAGUUGCUCAAUGUGAAGAGUGUUCUGCUAAUGGUAUGACAGCUAUCUGGUUACCCGAAGGUAUUGAGAUUCCUCAACUGGUUUCUGCUCUCGCAAGUAAAGGUGUUCAAAUUGCUGGUGGAAUUUUAAACGGUUUAGCUGGAAAAUAUUUCAGAAUUGGUCACAUGGGUAUCUCAAUUAUGGAACCUGAACGUCAUCAUAUAGAUAGGGUUAUUGAAGCAUUAAGCGAAUCUUUAAAGGAACUCGGCUAUAAGGCUUAAGCUGAUGUCUUUAUUUUAUGAUAAAUGAUAAUAAUAAUUUGAAGUUUUAUAAAUGUAUAAUUGAUAAUGAUUGCAAAACAAACAGAAGAAGUUUCAGAACAUAAAUAUUCAACUUGUUAUAUUUUAUAAAUAAAAAAACAAACUGUCUAUACAGAUUAUUUAUUUAUAAAGAGCAAA